CCGUUUUUUUUAUUCAUUUCAGGGAAUGUCUGGAAUGUGUGAUAGAUGAGUGAGGGGAACGAGAAGAUGGAUGUUAUGUUCAAUCCUGAUAAACUGCGCUUCUCGCUCAUGGUGGCUGCGUGCAAAAACAUGGGCAUGGGCAAAGACGGGAAACUUCCUUGGAACCUACCGAAAGAGAUGCACUAUUUUAAAACCCUUACGACAACCACGAAGGACCCGUCGAGGAAGAAUGCGGUCGUCAUGGGUCGCAGAACCUGGGAAGGGAUCCCACCCCAACACCGACCUCUGAAGAAUAGGAUCAACGUCGUGAUUUCAUCAACAAUGGACACAGCACUGAGUUCAAAUUACUUUUGCGACAAUGAAUUCGUGAACGCCGCAUCUGGAGACGAAGGGUUUGGCGGUUGGAGUGGCGGGCUGUUGAAAGUUUGCAAAUCGUGGGACGAAGCGUUGACAUUCCUGAGUUCUCUGGAAAUUUCCCGUAUCCUGGAACGCAUUUGGAUCAUUGGAGGAUUUUCUUUGUACGAGGUUGCUGGGAAUUCACCUCAUUGCGAAUACGUGUAUUUGACCCGCAUCAACAAGGAGUAUGACUGCGAUGUGUUCUUCCCCGCGGACGAAAUUGGAUUGCAUGAAAACUUCGAACUGUCGCUAGCCGGCAUACAGGACCUCAAAGCUCUUGGUUUUCGCACUUGUGGUGAAGAGGACAACGGGGUGGAGUUCAAGUACGAAGUUUACAAAAAGAAGAAAGUCGGACUGCCAUUCGAUGCGAAGAUGGAUCCUGGUGUUGUGGGAAGACAGAUUCCCGCUCCUAUCCCGUCUCCGAUCCAUCAUCACCAUAGACUUCAGGCUUCGCCCAUUGCUGCUCCACCAGCCCCGCAGCCCUCGCCUCACCAACCGAUGCCAAACCAUGAUGCGGGCCUGAAUCAUCUCAUGCGUGGCACUCGUCAGUUUUUCUCCGGUCUUCCCACUACUACGCGAUAUUUCGAAUCUGGACUUCCGCCAUCUCCUCCGUUGUCGCACACGACGAUGGCAGGCGUAUCACAGGCUCAAAACCAUGGUCCUCAUUCGAGCGCCUACCGUCCCUGGCCAACAACUGUGGCGAAUACGGUACAACGGUGGGAUCGAAGUGAAUCCAACAGAUCGUGGAAUCCUCAAGAAGCAUACGCGUCGUACAAUCAUCCUCCCACUUCUACGCAUUCGUUCUAUUCCUAUCAACCCCCUGCUCCGACGCAAGUGCGGAAAGAUCGACCGCCAGCGCCGAUUCAAAACCAGGAGCGUUUCCCCUUACAGCAAGUUUCUCUCCCUUUGCAAUCGCGAUUACCGCAGCCAAUGCAGCGCCACGAAUCUCUCCAAGCACCGAUUUCACAACCUCAUCAAGAGCAAUUGCAGCGUAUGCCACAACAUGCGAUGCAGUCGACGGAUCAUUAUCAAUCCUCCCACAUUCAUCAGCAUCGUUUCCCAAACCAGCAAAUGCACAGACAUGUAAAUGGCAUGCCGGAACGUGCUCAGUCAAUCCCGCGACAAGUUCUGGCACCACCCAUGCCACAGUUGCAGCCUGGACUCCAGGACCCGCGACAAGCACCUGUUCAAAUGCCUCAAGUUCGUCAACAAAUGCAGCAAGUCCGGCCAAGGCAUCCAGUGUCGAUGGAAUAUCGGCCGUCUCCGCAGAUACCGAUUUCGCAUGCCCAGAAUCAUGUUCAAAAUGGAAGCAUGGCAGUGAUGAAACCUUCGACCUCGUAUGCGAGUCCGAAAAUGGGACAAAAGCACAGCAUUUCGCCGUGGCCUGUCAACGAAUCGAAUGCAGUACGGGUAGAAAUCACUCCGGCAAGUCAGCAAUACCAGCAAACAAUGCAAAAGCACGAAGUCUCAGUCGUGGAGAAUUAUUCCAUCCGGAUGCCAUCAUCAUCAUCGUCCUCAUCAUCAAUACCAAGGCAACCUUCUCCACAGUUGCAGGCUGCGGUACCGAUUCGGAAGCGACCAGUCCCCGCGCCGAAUGCUGACGCCAAUCCUUACAUCGAUCCCCUCACUGGAAGACCGAACUAUCAGCUCAUUCAGCGUCAUCAUCGGGCUCAAAUGGGACUCCCAGGUGGCGCAGCGUCGUCGGUCAGUGUCGUUAGACCGCCGGAAACCGUGCCUACAAGCAGUUCUGAAGCACCACCGUUGAUCCGUCGUGACGCGGCGCCCUUGGAUUUGACCGUGAAAAUCAUAAGGCAAACUGCUGAUUCGACGGAGCCAUUUGGGCGCGGACUGCCGCAGCAUCAGCCGCAACAAGGGUUGAUGAAUGGAGGAGGAACAUGGUCUCCUACCGUGCGGCCGAACGGAUUCCAUGGUUACCCCACGACGCAAUACAACCCCGGGCGUGUGGCUGUGUCACAGCAGCCGCUGUCUCAAGCACCGCCUCAACAACCCCUUGCUCCGUCGGUCAGCAGCAUGGCUGGGCCGUCGUCGGAGCGUGUCACGAAGGCUUACAGCACAGCGAUCCACAUUCCGGCCGGCCUGACGGGUAGCGCCCCUGUGACAAUCCGACCAACAGCUCCUGUCGUCGUGCAAAGCCUGAAGCCGCAGAAGGUGGGUUGGCCGGUACGCUUGCCACAAGACCCUGUGAAGGAGGGUACAAUAACGCGGAUGCCGAAUCCGUCGUUGAUGCAUCAAAUGGCCGCAGCGCCGCCGUUGAAGGUUCGGACGAAGGCCGCCCUGAAGCAGAUGGUACCCGCGAAUGUACCGUCAGAGCCUGUGGGACCAAGCGUUUGUGGUACCGAGAGAGUGGAGAAUGUGGUGGCGCCGGUUCAAAGUGACCAGAGCGUUUCCAGGGACGCUGCGGGUGUGUUCGAUUUUAAGGAGACUGAGAACGUACGACCUGUGCAUUUGGAGCACGUCAAGCGAAGAAGUCCUGUUGCUGCUAUUUUACGGGCGCCGUCCGGGCAACAGAAAAACCAGCUGAAGUCGUUGCCAUCAGCAGAAGAACAGCCGAAAGACUCCAUCGUCCCGAAGCCAGUGGUGGAAGAAAAAGCAAUCAGCAAUGCCUUGCCUUCGUCGCAGCCUCCUUCGACGGAGCCACAUUGCCGUUUCUUCUCCAUGAAAGUCGGCGUGGAAAAGCUAGACCGUGCCCUAGCCGUGUUCGCAGCCUCGUUGGAAACCCAACGAGGCGAACCCUUCCCGCCACAGGAACACCCACGACCCCUGAACAUGUUUGCUUGGGAAAUUCAACGGCAGUUAGAAAGCCGAUUGCAUUACGAUCUUGAUUCCGAGGACGAGUUCAAAGCAGCUUCUGGAGAGGACGUGAAGCCGGAGCCGCUGUCGAUGGAGCCUUUGUGUUCGAUAAAACCGGAUGAAGAUGAGGACUGGCCUACCGUUGUGAUUGCGAUGAACGAUCCUUUGAGCUCGGAUGAAGACUUCUCUAACUCGGAUGGUGAUGGAACGAUCAAAAAGGAACAGCAAUCUGAAUCGUCGGACUUUUCGAGUGAAGAGGAACAAGUCGUUGUUUUGCCGAAGCGCAGAAGGAAACGUAAGGAUGAAGAUGAAGACGCCAAAGUUGAAGAAGAUGAUGACGAAGAUGAGGAAGACGAAGAAGAGGAAGAUGAUAGCGAAACCGCUCGUCGGGGUUCAGGAAUUAGUAGACGAGGUAGGAAGCCCUCAUCGUUCACGAAUAAUUCUGGAGUCUCAACCCGUGCUUCAGCUGUCGUCAGAGGAAGAAGAAGAGGACGCCCGUCACGGAGUCAAACUGAAAAUUCGUCUUAUUCGUUGCGGCGAGGAUCUAGAGCUAAAAGGAACUCCGGGUCCGAAGACGAUGAUUGGAAAGACGACGAAGACUCCGCGCAGUCAUCUUCUGCAGUCACUUCUUCAAGCGACGCGACGAGUUCCUCCGAAUCAGAUUCUUCGAGUGCGUCAUCAAUUGAGCAUAGGCCGAGGACUCUGCGGCGUGUGCCUUCUUCGGAAAAUGAAGAAGACGCUACGACGGAAGAAGAGGCUGCGUUGCGGAAGACGACGCGGUCUUCGGUUGCCAAUACCACACAAAUCAAGCGAAAACCGGGUCGUCCCCCGGGUCGUCGCACCGUUAUGCGCUCAAAGGAAACAUCCUCCGAAGAAAGCCUUUCCAGAAAAGAAAGACUCAAGCGACGACGAUCCACGGACAAUGAUGACGACAGCAAUUCUCUGUCGCGCGACCAAAGGGAGAAGCGCAUGAAACGUGAUCAGGACACCGCGAAAGCGGAUUCCUGCAACAAGGAUGCCGAUGACUCUUCUACGGUCAGGCGAGGCAGGAAGUUGGGUCGACGACGGACGGAGGACGAGGCGAAACCCGUGGGAAGCUCCAAUAUUAAUCCAGCAUCCAACGAUGUCGGCCGGACCAGGAAAGCCGAAGACGAUGUGGAAUACCGAACUCGUGUCUUGAAAAUGCCGCCGCAACUUGCUGCUGUUCUAACAACGGAAAGGCGGAAUCCGGUGGAGACAUCGCCGGAUAGAAAAAAGCCGGGCAGGAAGCUUGGAUCGCGUCUUGAAUCAAAGAGGCACCUGGACAUGAAGCCGCGGAACUUGUCUCGGUCUUGCAAGAAGCCUAUCGUCGCUCUCAAAUCCCACGUCAAAAAAGAUACCAAAGUUGGCACGGAAAUCGUGAAAAUCCGACCGAUUGACGGUCUUCCGCCUGGCUUCACUUUAAUGCGGAAAACACGUGGACGGCCGAAUCGUCGAAAGUAUCGAUCCGGUUUUGAUUAUAUGCGAAAGGCCAAAAAGAAGAAACCGCUUCCUGAGGGAGUUGUUGCCAGCAAGUUGCCGAUGAAGAGCAAAGAUCAGACGGUUUUUUCGACGAGAUUCAUGAAUAACAUGAAGAAGCUGGAGGAGACCAAAGACGCUUUGAAGUGCACCGGCAGUUGCAAGGCGACUCCGUCAGUUGACUGCGACUGUGAUAGAAACGGUGAUGGUGGUGGCCCUCUGGUGAACAGUCCUUUUCGCAAAUGCACUGGUUUGCGCAAAGACGCAAUCCCAUUGAGAGACGCGAUCCAGGCAGAAAUCAAGAGUUGGGUCAUUAACCGGGGUGCAGGCGAAACUCCUUUACACCGUGCCGCUCGUCUCGGUUAUUACGACAUUGCUUUGUAUUGUGUGGAAGAACGACUUUGCGAUGUGGACGGGAAAGAUAAUGCCGGAUACUCCCCGUUGCACGAAGCAUGCUCAAGAGGCCAAUUGGAACUUGCCAGGUUGUUGUUGGAAUUUGGUGCAGAAGUCAACAUCGCAGUUUCUCAGGGUGGAAUCAGGCCCAUCCACGAAGCGCUUCAAAAUGGUCACACGGAAGUCGUUCGACUAUUGCUUUCUUACGGAGCUGAUCCGACUCUGGCCACAUACUCCGGUCUGAGCCCGUUGGCUUUGGCCAAACCACAUCCGGAGCUUUACGAAAUGUUGCAACGGUACCUGACUGACGUUUCCGGGGUUUGCCCUGAUCCGGAAUCUUCGACUGACGAGAACCAGGAUAAAUCCGCGUCAUCUUGUCAAACGACGCCGAAGAAAUUGCGGCGGCGUGGGGAACUUUUGAAGCGCAAAAGAAAGAAAGACGGAGAGUCGGGAGAGGGCAAGGACUUGCGACGGAUUGAACUGGGAGAAAAUAACGCGUGGGCGUUUUAUGGAUCUGCCAAAUGCCUAGAUCCGGUGAAUCCAGGCUGUGAUAUAUUCAGCGUUGUGCCGUCAACGUCGGAAACCGAAGAAUUUUCUUUCGACGUUGAAUGUAGCUCGGCGCCUAUUCUCGACGUUUUUCAAAUUAGUUCGGAACGCUUGCGUGGGAAAUCGGCGUCCACGAAUGGCGCUCCCUCUUCAAAAACAAACGAAUUUGGCAGCAGCAGCACGUUCAAUGAUGCGGACAAAUUCCUGGUGCUGAAAGAAGUUCUGCAACGUCUCGACCUCAAGACGAAGGACCAGUUGGACCGAUUGCUGUCGUCAUCAUCGGGAAAACGCAGUCCGCGUGCCGCCGACGAAGAUGAACGCGCCCAACUUCUCACUCUGUCCCUGGAAGAUUUCCACGCGCGGGCGCAUUGUUGUCGAUUGGGCGCCACGGCGCCGGCAGCCAUGAAAAAGGCUCCGAAAACUGGAGACACCGUCAUCCUCGUCAAGUAUACAGCCAAAUUGCGCGACUUGCUCGGAAUUGAAGUUAUGAACUCGUAUUCGGACGGUGAUGAAAUCAAAAUCAGUGCCCAGUGUAAGUUUUGUGCGUCCAUUGUGUUGAGUCCAGGAAACGCUGUGUUUACGGAAUUCUCCGAACCGGUUCAGUUGCCGAGUGCGGAGGAUGCGGGGAAGAUUGACGAGGAAACGAGGUUUUGGAAAGUGGACGACAUUUAUAAGUUCACGAACGUUGGCUUUUCCAAGAUCGUGCCGAAGGAAAUAGUUGGUCUCACCUUUAUUCCGAGCCGCUAUUUGGCGUGCGCUGACUGUGAUAAAGGCCCAAUCGGGUUCUGCAAAGAUUUUUCCAAUUCGUACGUGGCUCUGUCCCGCGUCCGCGAGAAAUCGGAAGGCUAAAGAGUUUUGUUUUUGUUUUGCAAAUUGUUUCCGGGGUUUCGAAGAUGUCAUCUUUGAAUGUAGUUUCUCUGAAUAUAUUCGCGUGUUUAGGCAUUACAGCGGAUUCUACAUUUUCUCCAAUU